CUCAUCUUACCACUACCAAAUUUAAUAAGAAGCCCAAGCACUAAACUAUUUCAGGCUUUAUUUUAAAGAUAAGUGAGACUACUUCAAAUAAAACAACUCCAAGCUUCCAAGAAACAGUUAAGAGAAAGCAGAGAUAAGCAGAAACACUUCGCUGACACUCACACGGUUGCCAUGGACCUACAUAAGCAGUGGGAGAACACAGAGACUAACUGGCACAAGGAAAAGAUGGAAUUACUGGACCAGUUUGACAAUGAAAGAAAGGAAUGGGAAAGUCAAUGGAAGAUCAUGCAGAAGAAGAUUGAAGAGCUUUGCCAGGAAGUAAAGCUUCGGAGGAAAAUCAACAUGAAUGAACAUGCCAAGGUCAUUGAUCUUGAUCAUGAGAAGGCCAUUGAAGACAAAAUGGUAGAAUUUUCUCCAAAUUAUUCUAAUUCAGGACAAUAUGAAUUUAUAUGGAUGAAUCUCGAGGAUUGUUUGGAAAAAGAAAAUAAAACAGAGCAGAGCUUAGUCAAUGAAAGAAAUCAAGGGAAUAAGGAAGAAAAAGCAACAAAAAAAUUGAAAGUAGGGUUUAUGGAUCGUUUGGCUAAAGAUAACCAAAAGGAAUGCAAGACCUGGCCUGACCUGAGGACUUCUGAGGAAGACAGCAAGAGCUGUUCUGGCACCCUCAGCACAGCUCUUGAAGAACUUGCCAAAGUUAGUGAAGAAUUAUGCAACUUUCAAGAGGAGAUUCGAAAGCAGUCUAACCACAGAAGGAUGAAGUCAGAUUCUUUUCUGCAGGAAAUGCCAAAUUUAGUUAAUACGCCUUAUGAGCACCACAUGAUCAAUAAUGGCCAGUACAUUCUUCCAGCCAAUUUAGAAAAAGAAAAACAGAAAAGUAGAAAGAAUCUGAGUUGUACCAACAAGCUCCAAAGUAGUUCUGUGAAAAAAUGUGGAACUGAUACAAUUGACUUGCAAAGAAAUGAAAUUCCACCAGUUCCUCCUCCAAGAAGCACCUCUCGAAAUUUUUCUAGCUCAGAUUCUGAGCAACAAAGGUUGAAGGAAAGUUUAAAACACAAUAGCUGGGUGGUCCGUGAGGCUCAAGAUGAAAGGAACUGUGAUCCUCAUUUUCUUUUGAGGCAGCAUGAGAUGCCGAUACUGUGUCCAAACAAUGGGAAGUCUUUGAAAGAUGGUAUGUUUUCCUCUUUGGUACCAGAAGUCAGAAUGGAUAGCAAGUCUCCACAUCAUGAAGAGGCUGGGCUUAGCAUGUGGUCAUGCAACACAGGGAUAAAUGCAGAAAAGAGCCCCUCCACUUUGUUGUUUCAGAAAACUUGCUCUACCCUCAAUAAGCCAAAAUAUGAGGUAAUCCCAGACCAGCCUGCUAAAUCUCAUCCCAAUCAUGUAAGUAAUGACUGUAGCUCCUCAGUAACACAGAACAGUGGCCCAGUUCGAAGUUUCAGUUGUGCAUUUGAAAGGACAACAAGAAAUGAAAAGCUGGCAGCAAAGACUGAUGAAUUUAACAGAAUUGUAUUUAGAACAGAUAGAAAUUGUCAUGCAAUACAGCAAAAUCAAAACUACUCAAAAUCAUCUGAAGAUCUUAAGCCCUGUGAUACCUUACCUAUUCAUACAGAUAACAUUUCAGAAAGUGACAAUGCAUCUGGUAUUCUGAAAACCAGUGCCUACAUGCCUGUGCCCAUGGAAAAUGUGCCUGAUAAUACCAACAGGAAAUCCACAAUAGGCCUAGUCAGACAGAUGCAGGAACACGUAAGUCCUAGCAGUUUUCGGAAUAGGCUCCACGAGCAUGACUGGAGACCAAGUAAUUUGUCUGGCCGACCGAGGUCAGCUGAUCCCAAGUCAAAUUAUGGUGUUGUGGAAAAGCUACUGAAAACCUAUGAGACAUCAGCAGGGUCUGCACUGCAGAAUUCUAAAUGCUUCUGGCAUAACUGGACCAAAUAUAAUUCUGAUGUCAGUGGUGGUGCCACAUUAAGUCAACAUUUAGAAAUGCUCCAAAUGGAACAAGAGUUUCAGCGAAAGACAGCUAUGUGUGCAGGACAGCAAGUGAAGCAAGUAACAGAUCAGAAGAACAUAACAGAGGAAUCCACUGCAGUAAAAGCCUCACAUGGGAGAGGAUUUUCCCGACCUGCUAGACCAGCAAAUCGCCGUCUCCCAUCUAGAUGGGCAUCCAGAUCACCAUCGGCGCCCCCCGCCUUGCGGAGAACUGCCCACAGCCGUACCAUUUCUCUGCAAUCCGAAGCAUCUAUUGUCUAAGUCUCUGGCCUGAAUUGUCAGAUUACAAAAGCUCUAGUCUCAGUUGCCAAACAGAACAUUCAGAGUGUUUACAACCAGUCCCGCUCUCUUCUGUAUCUUUCAAGAUCCCUGGGAUGAGUGAUUUAAACCUUAACUUUCCAACAGUCUUCAGUGUUUUUAAUCUGUGGAAUAAUUAUCUUCCUGUAUUUUGAUUUUUUAGAUGAGAAAGUUUUAAUGUCAUCCUCAUUAAUGUUCCAUUAUGAUUUGGGUUGAAACAAUGUACAAUAUUGUAUAUUCUAACUUCCUUGCAAGUGGCACAAAGCAAAGUUAUGUGCAUGGCCAUGUGUCUGUAGGUGCAUGUGUUGAAAUAGGAAGUAUCCUAGUAUGUAUUUAGAUAAGAAAAACUUAUGUGCUAGUGUUGACUUUGAAAUUAUAACAUGUAUACCUAUAUAUUCUUUGUGUUUAUUUAGAAGUUUUGAAAAUAUACAGCACUAUUUAUAUUUUGUAUACCUUUUAAUAGGUAUCCACCUAAGGCAUUUGAGGUACAUAUAUUAAUUAACCACUUCCUUAGAUCCCAAAUGCAUUGAAAAACAGGAAUUAUACACAUAUCUAACAUUGGUAGAUUUCUAAAUACAACUCGUAAACAGUUUCUUAACCCAUAUAAACUAAUACUAUUGAUCUCCCUGUUUAUUUUUUUAAAUAAAAAUGUCAUAAGUUUAACAGAUCAGCCUUCUAAAGUAAGCAUAAAAUGUUUAUAAAUGCUUUUAUAUAUCAUUUGGUAGUCUAGUAUGGCUUUAACUGUAUACUUGAUCCUCAGAGCCAAUAUCAUGAGACUGCCUUAUAAAUGACAUGACUGAAUAAUGAAUUUAUUUUGUCAGCCUCAGUAACAAGCAUUCCUUAAAUGGGAUGCACAAAGAAAUUAUGUUGAAUUUUACUUUUUGUUAAAAUUGUGGUAAGCUUUUAGUUUAGCUGGUUUAUCUGGAGUCACACUUAUUUAGAGGUAAGUCAUUCAUUUUUUCUUUUUCUAAACUUUUCCCUAAAAUUAGUAGAUAAAAGAUUAAUUCAUUUUUUAUUAACAAGGAAGAUCAGGAAUAACAUUUCAUUGAGAAUUGAAUUAUUAUAUAUUUCUAAUAGUGUGCUACAAAAAAAAAAAAGCCUUAAACUAAACUUUGGCAUCCGUAGUAGCAUAAGGAACAAAAAUAUAUAUUUUGGCUACAGUUUGCAUACUGUGAACACAUAAAAUCUAUAUUGAGACUGACAGACAUGUGAACGUUGAGGUGCCUGGAAUUCUACAUGGAAGAUCUUAAAAGCAACUUUGCUCUUCACUCUCUUUAUAUAAAACCAAUUAUGUUAUGCUAUUAGAUGUGAAUUCUAUUUAAGCUUUUCUUUUACUACCAAAAAAGAUUAAGAAAUUAUUAUGCCAAACUUAUUCAAAGAGCCUUCUUCUUAGGAUUUAUUCUAAUCAGUUAAAGAAAUUCACUUCAUUAUGAACCAUGACCUGAAGUAAAGUAAAUAAUUUUCAAAUCGUAGACUGCCUUAAAAGGCUCAAGACUGUUGCAUGGUGAUGGCUAGAUUCAUACUUCACAUUAAGGAGAGUAUCAGAAGUUAAGCUGGAUUAAACUUCUAGAAUGUGAGUCUGGAUCACAUGGUAAGUAAGAGCUAUAGAUCCACUCUUUUAAUUCUUGUUUCCUUCAGUAAUAUCCUUUUCCACAGGAAAAGUAACCUAGACACCGAGUGAUAUCACUCUCAAAAUAUGCUUUACAACUAGAGGGGAGAGAACACUGGGAAGGUGGUACCCUGAGUCAUAAAACAGUGGACCUGUUAGGAAAAUGCUGCUGUGUGACCAUGGAGAGCCUGCCCAAGGACGGUGAAGACACACCUGUUCUUCUCCACCUCUGUAUCCUGAAUAGUUGGGUAUGAUCUGUGGUUUCUACCUUUACCUACAAAUCAGAAUAUUGAGGAUCUCUUUUAAAAAAUGAAAUUCCUGAUCUCACCCCAUAAUUACUAAAGCAAAAUUUCCAGGGGUGGGGGACGCGGACUCUGGAGACUAAUAAAACAAAACAAAGCAAAACAUUCGAUAAGCAA